AUUUCGUGUUUCCAUUAAAAAAAAAAAAAAAAAAAAAGUGAAUUCUUUUUCAUUUGUUUUAAUUUUCCAAAAAAAAAAAAAUAAAUAAAUAAAAUAAAAACAAGGAGAUACUAAGUUUCCAUUUUUCUUUGUUCUUUCUUAUUCUUCUUUCCUUUCUUUUGCUAAGCCACGACUUAAUUCCUUUUUCUUCUGUUUGUGCAAGGCAAACUCUGAGAAAAGAUAGAGAAGACGCCAAUGGAGGAUUACUCAGAAGAAGAGGCUGAAGAAUACAACACGUCUGAGGUAGAUUGGGGAGAAGAAGCUGACCAGGAUUGUUGGGACGAUGGAGAUGACCACACUGAAGGUCAUUGGUGCGCAGACUCUGUUCCAGAGUAUGUCCCAAACGAUGAACAAGAAUACCCAGAGGUGGAACCAGAAUCAAUGGACCAGUAUUCAACUUGCUAUGGUCCCAAAUCCCAACUCAUCUAUGAGGAUAGUUCUGAAGGGAAAUAUUAUUCUCAAGCGUGUCCUAGAAGAGAAAAGACCACCGUGGCUGCACCAUCAAGAUCUUAUCAUGGGAGUCUAUCAAGACAUGCUCACAGCACGCCAUGGAACUACAAUGGAGAUCAGUUUUAUCAGAAUCGCUUGGCUGCACCAUCUAUACAUUUUUCUGGUCAUAAGCAAGGACCAAGUGCAUAUCUAAGGUGGGAGGACGACAUGGAGCAAUGGUUUAUAGCUUGGAGAAUUCCAGAGAAGCUAAAGCUAACUUAUGCGAAGGAUACCUUAACCGGAGAGGCAUACAAUUGGUGGAGUCAGCUAGAUGCUGAUAGGAUCUAUUUCAAUGAUCCGGCUUUUACUUGGAAAGAGGUUAAGAUGCUCAUGUAUAGUGAGUUUGUGAAGAAGGCAAAAUACAUUCAGAAGGUGUCCACAAGGAGAUUAAUAAAGCACCAAGUCUUGCAACCCACAGUUCAGAGAGAAGUUGUUUCCCAAAGACAAAGUUCAAGGCCAGUGCAUCCACCUCAAGUCAAACGAAACCAAGGUGAGCACUCUAACUCUUUAAAACCAUCUGAGGUUAUUUGUUAUAGGUGUCAAGGCAAGGGCCAUCUAGCAAAGGAGUGUCCCACAAAACGAGUUGUGAAGUCAGUACUAUCUGAAGCAAAAGAAACAAACUUGGAGGUAAGUGAUUCCGAUACUAGAAUUGAUGAUUCCUUUUCUAGAAUGGAUAAACAUAUUGAUGAUCUUAUCAACUUGAUUAAAGCUAGAUCUACUUCUGUUUCUAGUAAUUCCAUGACUGUCUUAACACACUUGUCUAGCGCCCAAAAGGUUGAAAGUAUUUCAGGUACUAACAUAGAAAUCAAGGAACAAGAGCCCAACCUUGCUGCGCAAUCAAGUCCAACACUUGAUAAGGUGAUUUCUGAACUUAAAGUGAAUAAUCUUACUUAUCAAAACACUGGUAUGAUGCACUUGCACUCUGUCCAGAAUGUUGAUGAAGGUCUAGGUAAUGAGGAGACACGUACAGAAGCUAAACAACAAGAGAAUAAUGAGCAAUCUACCCUAGAGACCUCUACACCAGCUGAUCAUGCUUUAGAGGUAGUAAAUACCAAAGCUGAAUCAAUGCAAGAUAACCAGGUAAGUACAAUGGAGAAGCAUCCAGAACCAAACUCACAACCUUACACCCAAGCAGUGGUCAAUGGAGAAACCAAUUGUGAAAUAGGAGAUUUCGAAAAGGAGACCACGAUCCUUCCAAGGGAAAUCAUAGACCGACCAUGGAAAGGGGGCAUAGCUUCCCUACUGAUCAAAGAAGAACCACCAGAUGGACAAUGCAUCACAAAACCGUGCAUAUACCAAGGUAAGACCCUAGCCUCCCAAAUUAGAAUGAAACCUAACUUGCUCUAUCUUGGUGCAGGUAAAUUGGUUUUGAGGACAAAACCUUUUGAAGAGGGAGGGAAUGAUGAGGACCUAAAGUCAGUAGCUGGACCACCAACUCAUGAGAUCAACCAUACAAGCUACAUUGGAGCCAGCAGCGACAUAGGUGCACUCAAAGAAGGAUAUCUUUGCAACCAUAAGGAAUUUAACCGUGAAACCAGUUUCUAUAGAUUCUCAACUCAACCAGAGCACGCAGCGAAUUGGUUUCAUACCAAAAAGAGUAAUGGUUUAGGAGAUAUGCCAGUUACAAGUCAGACUAUCUACACUGCAUCCGAAUUGGUUCUAAUUAAGGAAAGUAAUUCUUUGCUUAAGGAGUGUGCAACUCAAACUCACGUGUGGAAACCAGGAGAUUAUUCAUUACAUCUAAGAGCAGUGGGAGAGUUUCUACCAUGCACCAGCAGCCACAUGAUCAAGAUGAAUCCCUUAUUUGUCAACUUACCUUACAUGGAUGCAUUCACACUUGGAGUUAUUAAAGACCAACGGCUCUUUCCCCUUCUGUUCAGGCACGACUUAGAGACUAUCCAGACAUCAAAGGAGAUCCCACGGAUGCAUUUAUUUCUGCCCAAACUCACAAGAUACAAGGAGAGAAGACAACUUCCAUACAUGGACAGAUUCUGCACCAACUAAGUCCAACGGCUAGUUUUUCACUUAUUAUUUCUUUCCAAGUUAUUCUUUUAGGCAUUUGUGUUCUUUUCUAUUUAAACAGAGCUAAGUCUCAUUUGUAAAUCACCCUUGCACGAAAUUAAUAAAGUAUUAUUCAGUUUACAAAGUUUGUCUUUGUUUUGUUCAAUUAGUCUUUAGGUGGAUUCCUUUAGAUUUCUUGUCCGUUUGCUUGUCUCCUUAGUUUGUGGAUUCAUUCUAGGAUACAAGUGUAGGUCUCUGUCUUUGUGUGGAUUCACAUAGGCGCAGGCUUCUGGUCUUAUCAAAGGGAUAUUUCCGCAACCCUUUGUGGCGACAAUCGACCCAUUCAAGCUUGACAACUCUUGUUGCCUUGUGAUCUAGCCUUUGUUAGCUUAGGCUUGUAUCA